AUGUUUGGAGGAACACAAAAGGCUGUAGUAGAACGUCAUGAGGUGAUAGAUGAAACAAGAGCUCGCCGUACAGCCACCGCAUUCCUAUUGCAUUCCCUUGGUACCAUAUUCUUUCCUGAUAACUCGGGGAAUCGAUUUAAUGCUCACUAUCUACAAUGGUUAAAAAAAUUGCAGGAGACCAAAAAGUAUGCUUGGGGCACUGCCACCCUCGCUUUUUUACUUGAUAGUUUUCGAAAAGCUUCGAGGGUUGGAGCCACUGAACUUGCUGGGAAUGUUGGUCUUUUUCAGGCAUGGGUAUAUGACCAUUUUCUGACCAUGAGACCUUCUACAUCUUGGUCAGACGAUGAGAUUGGUCGUCCUAUAGGAAAGAAGUUUGUAUUCACUGGUACCCAAGUAAAGCACAAAGAAGAGAAGAUAGCUGAUUUAAGGUUGAAAAUGGAUGCUCUCAAUGUUGAAGAUGUGAUAUUUGAUCCUUACUUAGAUCUAAAGGAAGAUAAUUUUGGAGAAGAGAUUGAUCAUCGUGUUUUUUCAAGUUUGGAAUCUUACAACGGGCCUUUGUUUCAUCCUCAUGGGUACGUAAUGGCCGAUCCACGUCGAGUUCUCCGCCAAUAUGGUUAUGUGCAAGAAAAAGUCACUCAUGAAUCGUUCAAAUUGUUGGCUAAUGCUUCUUCCGUAAAAAGUGCCAAUGUCGUGCUCAACUACAACCCAGAGCCAAGUAUUGAUGUUUGGAACGACCGCAAUAAUGCACUAUACCAAGUCCGCAUGAAGGAGCUCAUUCCUAUUCUAGGCACAAAGGAAGCCGAAGAAGGUUAUUUGGAAUGGUAUUACCAUUUUGGUCAUCCUCAUGUGAUUAAUAAUGAUCCGGAAGCGGCAUCAUAUAUCAAAAAGGCUCAAGAAAACAAGAAGCGUGAAGCCGAAAAGAGAAGUAUAUUUGAUAUGGAUUGGAAGAAAAAGAAAUGCCUUCACUUGGCACAAACAUUGACUCCAUGCGUCCAAAAAGGUGAGGGCCUCACAAGUGCACAAGUAAAGGUUUUCCAACAACAAAUCAAAGACUUGCCGGAUCCAAAAAAGGAUUACGAGAACUUAGAGAGAGGCACGAAGAGGAGUAGAGAUGUGGGUACUAGUCAACGUCAGCAAUCACCUAGUAGUUCUAAAACCAAUGAAGAGGAUAUGCAUGCUCAUGGUCGGGGUCAAGGUCGGGGUCAUGGUGGUCGUGACGGUCCUCGUACUCGAGGUGGUAACAAAAGCAAAAAAAGAGGUCGUGGUCGUAAUUGUCCUUAA